AUGACCAUGCUGGAACUUUCUUCCAAUCACUUCGUGGGCAAACUUCCAUCAAAAAUGGGACUUUCACUCCCAAAUCUUGAAACACUUUACUUAGGUUACAAUAACCUUCGAGAAGUAAUUCCAAGCUCUAUUGCCAAUGCAUCGAAGCUUACCAUCAUAAGCUUGACACAAAACUUGAUAACUGGCCCUAUACCAGCUCUUGGUGAUUUAGGGCUCCUGCGGCGACUUGUCAUUGGAGCAAAUAAUUUUACAGGGGAAUCUCCUAAUAAAGAAUUGAAAUUUAUCUCUUCCUUGACAAACUGCAGAUAUUUAGAGACGGUGAAAGUAUCAAAUAAUCAGUUUCAUGGCAUCCUCCCAGCUUCUAUAGGGAAUUUGUCCUCUUCCCUUUGUACAUUCAGAGCAUUUGGAUGCAAUAUCAAGGGUCCUAUUACUAGUGAAAUUGGAAAUUUAAGCAGCUUGGAAUCCAUAAUUUUAGAUAAUAAUGAGUUGACGGGAUUGACUUCCAAGGUACCAAACUUCUGGAACCUUAGGGAUCUCUGGGGUCUAAACUUAUCCUCAAACUUGUUAAGGGGAUAUAUACCAUCAGAUAUUCAAAAUUUGAAGGCCAUCAGAGAUCUAGAUUUAUCAUGGAAUCAGUUUACAGUUAAAAGAUCAACAUCAAAGAGAUUACUGAAAUAUGCCGUGGUACCCAUCACAUCAGUUAUCACUGGAGCAGACAUUAUUUUCUUGUUAAUUAGAAAGCAAAAGUUGAGCGGAAAAGGGCCUCACUCUGAGAAUUCAUUAGGUCUAGAAUGGAGAAGGGUUUCUUAUCAAAAUCUUCUGCAAGCAACAGACAACUUUAGUGAAAUCAAUGUGCUUGGAAGUGGAAGUUUUGGUUCAGUAUUAUGGAUUAGCUUUGCUAUUUAUGUAAAUAUUCUUGCUGAACAAGGAAUGGUAGAAUUAGCUUUGUAUAAAUUCAUGGCUUUGCCCAAUUUCAAUGACAGAGAAAAACGAUACCACAAAAUUCUUUAUGGUAUCAGAGCAUUCUCCAAGACAGGAGACGACGACCCUUUUCUUUUUCUCCAGCGAUUGAAACCUUCGAUCUUCCACCACGAAAUCCGACUAUCGUCCUCUGAUCAUGGUAAAGACUACUUGCCUAAUACUGAUGAUGUUGUUGACAAUAAGAAGUAUUAUGACACUAUGACUUCUUUUGAGGAUGCUUCCUUAGCAAGGGGGAGUGAGGAGUACUCGGGUAGUGUAGGGGAAAUUGAUGGCGGGGUUCUCACACCACCUACAAGUGGCGACUUGGACGUUGUCCAACAAAUUGGUGCAACUUCGAAUACUGGGGAGGUUGUGGUUAAUGAAGACGUUGUUUUGCGUGAAACUGGUCGAGUGAAGAGGCUGAGAUUUAAACCAACACCCUGGCCACAAUUAGUAUAUGGCACCAGAAUACAGAAGGGAAGGGAUCUAUAUGCAGUGAUGUCUACAGCUAUGGCAUAA